AAUUCGCUUUGUGUCAAUUUCAAGUUGGCACAAUUCAAAUAAUUAAACCUUUUUCAAUUAAAAUUCUUGUUUUGAACAGCCUAUCGAAGAGGAAGCGCCACCAAUCCGAUUUUCGUUUGUCGAUUGUUGUGGUUAGUGUUCAGUGUUGCAAAGAGCUGAAAUCGAAUUUUUGCUAUUAUCGGAUUUUUUGCUAUGCCUCUUUGGUCGCUUGCCCACACUGAGCUCUAGCAUGCGGUAGUGAAGUGGAAUAAAUUACACAUUUUUUUCGGGUUUUAAACGCAAAAUUCGUGGUAGUGCAAGUGUGCUUUAUGUAAUUUGCAGCAUUUAAGUUAUUUGCUAAAACACACACGCACCCAAUUCACAUAAAAUACACACACAUCAUGACAAACAGUCUGCAACUGGAGUGUGGAGCGUUGAAGGUAGCGCGUCAUAAAAUCGAAUGCGUUGGCUGCGCAUAUUUCAAUGCACGCCGCCAAAUUGGCGAUGCGAGCGGCGUUGAGCGCAGCGAUUCCGACGAGAAAUUGGCGGGCGCUGGCGAGGAUGUCGAUAUUAGCUACCUCAAAUCCCUCGAUCCCAAAGAGUGGAAGGAUCAAGACCAUUAUAGCGUGCUCGGCCUUGGAAAAUUAAGAUAUGAAGCGAGUGAUGAUGACAUUCGUCGGGCGUACAGACGCAUGGUGCUGCAACAUCAUCCGGACAAGCGAAAAGCCAAAGGCGAGGAGGUUAUUACCGACGACGACUAUUUUACAUGCAUAACAAAGGCCUACGAAAUACUCGGCACCGCGAAGACGCGCCGCAGCUACGAUUCCGUGGAUCCCGAGUUUGACGACAACUUCCCUUCACAGUCGGACAUCGACAACAACUACUUCAACUCAUUUAACAAGUAUUUCAAUUUGAACGCACGCUGGAGUGAAAAGCAACAUGUGCCGCCAUUUGGCGAAGUAGACGCCAAACGCGAGGAAGUCGAACGUUUCUACAACUUCUGGUACGACUUUAAAUCAUGGCGUGAAUUCAGCUACCUCGACGAGGAGGACAAGGAGAAGGGUCAGGAUCGCGACGAGCGUCGUUGGAUCGAAAAGGAGAACAAAGCAGCGCGCAUCAAGCGCAAGAAGGAGGAAAUGACGCGCAUUCGUGCGCUCGUAGAUUUGGCUUACAACAGCGACAAGCGUAUCCAGCGCUUCAAGCAGGAGGAGAAGGAUCGCAAGGCAGCCGCAAAGCGUGCCAAAAUGGAUGCAGCUCAGGCACAAAAAGCCGAGGCAGACCGAGCGGUGCGUGAGGCGGCGCUGGCCAAAGAGAAGGCUGAGAAGGCGGAACAGAAGCGCAUCGAGCAGAUAAGGAUUGAGCGCGAGCAGCAGAAGAAGCUGCUCAAGAAGGAGCGCAAAACGUUGCGCGACAAGCUCAAGGAUUGCAAGUACUAUGCCAAAAACGACAAGGAUCAGCUGAAGCACAUGGAGGGCACCGAAAAGAUAUGCGAAACAUUCUCGUUGGCCGAACUGCAAACUCUUAACAAGGCCAUGGAGACAAAGGGACGUGAAUCUUUUGUGGCUGCUCUGCAAACAGCUGAGCGCAAGAUUGCCGACGAGCUGGAGGAGCUCAAUCUGGCGCAGCAAAAGAAGCAGACAACCAAUGGGCAGGCAAACAAAACGCCAGCGGGCGUCAAGGAGGUGAAAAAGGGCGAUGUGUGGAGCAAUGAGAAUGUGCAGCUGCUGAUCAAGGCGGUCAACCUGUUUCCCGCUGGCACUGCUCAGCGCUGGGAUGUGAUCGCGACCUUCAUCAACCAGCAUGGAGGCGGCGCAACGACUCCCGUGACAGCACGCGAUGUGCUCAACAAGGCGAAGGCUUUGCAGCACAGCGAUCACUCGAAGAGCACGCUGAAGACGCAGGCCAACGAGGCGGCUUUCCAGAGCUUUGAGAAGUCCAAGAAGGAGGUGCAGACAACGAACGAUAUUACGCUCGGCGAUUCGCCGGCGGAGAGCAGCAAAGAGAAUGUCAAACAGAACGGUGCACCACCAGUCAACAACAAUAACAAUCAGCAGCAACAACAGCAGGAGCAGCAGCAGCAAGUGGAGCCAAAGCAGAAUGGCGUUGCUGCUGCGCCGCCAACCACGAAUGGCGUAUCCUCGAAAUCGUCGUGGACUAAGGAGGAGCAAGCCUUGCUCGAACAGGCAAUGAAAACGUAUCCAACGACGACGCCCGAUCGCUGGGAUUGCAUCGCCGCUUGCAUUCCGAAUCGCAGUAAAAAGGAUUGCCUGCGACGCGUCAAGGAGCUGGUGGAGUUGGUCAACUCGAAGAAGGAGGCGCAGGCGGCAGUUAAAUGAUGAUGAGGAGUGGAUAGGAGAGAAGCUUGUGUCCUAGCUAGCUAGCUGCUGCUGCUGUGUCCAAUAUACACACACAUUUUAUUUAAAUAAAAAGAUACAAAGUUUUGAACGUUUAGCGAAAAGUUACAUCCAAA